GAAGUCAUGUGCUUGUCCCGUGAUCAAAUGCGGAAGUGUUGAAAUAUAUCCAUAGCGACAACAGUUCACCCUCUCUAUUUCAUAUAGAUUUAGCUGUUUUAUUUGCCCUAUUUCUCAGAAAAAUGGAAGGAUAUGCCAAAACAUCACUUAGCACCACGUAUGCUGGAGCCCCGGAUUUCAGAGGGAAUGACAGUUCUCUGGUAUCUGCUCUGAAAACUCUUCUCUUCUUCACCAUCCUGAUGGUCACCCUGCCCAUAGGACUGUACUUCGCAUCAAAGGCAUACAUCUUUGAAGGUUCCCUACAGAUGUCUAACUCAGACAGUUAUUUCUAUGCUGCCAUCGUAGCUGUGCUGGCCGUACAUGUGGUUCUGGCUUUGUUUGUCUACGUGGCCUGGAACGAGGGCUCCACCAAGGACAAGGGGAAACACGACUAACCCUUAACCUGGCCGUGCUGCUGGCCCAGAGAAGGCCUGGACCAAGCCACUUCCAGCCCCCACCCCAGCCUGGCUUCUCUCCAGUCCCCACCCUGCCUGGCUUCUCUCCAGCCCCCAGCCUCCUGUUUGAGCCUCCCC